CAAAAAUUAAGCUGCUGGGUUGAAUUUGUGGCUUGGCUGGUUCCGCCACGACGCGCCCACCCAUCCAGUGAUGCCUCCUCCACAUUUCGGGGCAUCACCCAUCUCCGGCAUGCCGGAGCUUACUCCAGGCGGUCUAGCGACUGGCCCAUCUCCUCCCAGAGUUACAAAUAUGGUUUUAGGCGCCAACUCGUCCACGGAGAGAACGUGGCCUCAGCCAGGGAUGCGCUUGCACCAAGGCUGCCUUUUAUUGGGGACCGACAACGUUGGCGGAGGAGAAGCUUUUUGGCCACCAAUUGGCCACGAUUGGCUAACAAGAAAUUUUCCCUCUUCCACCUACUAUCCCUGCUGGAGGUCCAUGAGAAAUAGCCUAGGGUCGGGGUUCAAACAAAACUGAGAGCUUCUUAAUGGCUUCUUCCCCGUUCCCCUAUUGGUCGCAGCGCAUGGGUUGCACCAAUCCCGGACCCAGGAUACGAUCAAUCCGGAGGGCGAGACAAACACACUAAUACCUUACAUCUAACACUAACUAACAAUAACACUAAUAUCUUACACCUAACAACAACAA